GUCAUAACCAUUCUCGUUCAGUAGUGCGAUUCACUACUCUAUUUUAACAACACUUGUUAUCGUUAUAUCAACUAAACAACAAUUUUAUCGAUUUUGCUAUUCAGAAAACGUUUCCUUAACAACACCGGCCUUCGAAAAAUCAGCUGUUAUCGUUUACGAUUCGGCUAUUGCUAAAUUGUCGACAUCUCAAUUGGAGUUGUCAAUUUUGUGUUAGCGUAAAUAUCUAAACAAAUAAAAGUAACUUAAUACGAAAAAAAGGAGUAAAUACAAAUUAGAGAUGGCUUUCGAAUUUGUAGCGUUAAGCUUGUCUCAAAACGAGCCAGAGACAAAUUUUUCAACGGUGGAUCGGCGUUUUCUGCGGGAUAUUGAUAAUCCCCUAGAACUCCCACCUUCAGAGUUCCGGAAGCUUUACCGUGUGCGUCCAGGCAUGGUGGCGGACGUGGUUGAACGGCUGGAAGACCUUUUAAAAGGUUCACGAAUUACAGCGAUAUCGGCUGAAAAACAGGUUCUGUGCGCUUUGCGAUUCUACGCCACGGGAUGUUAUCAACGGCCCGUGGGGGAACAAUGGGGAAUUUCACUGAGUCAGUCAUCAACCAGCCGCUGCAUACACAAGGUAACCGAAGCCAUCAAUAGCCGCUUAUUCUUGUCGGAAGUGAAGUUCCCCAUGACCCAAAUAGAACGUCAAGCUGCCAAGGAAGCGUUUUCCUUAGCUCCUGCGCCUUUUGUCGGAGGAACCAUCGGGGCGAUCGACUGCACCCACAUAUCCAUUUUGGGUCCUAAAAAUAAUGAGGAAGCAUACGUUAAUCAUCAUGGAUAUCACUCCAUAAAUGUGCAAAUGAUAUGUGACCCAAAUCUUAAAAUCCUGAACGUGAAUGCCAGGUAUCCGGGAGCAAGACAUGACUCCUAUAUUUGGAGCUCUUCCGCUGUGCGACAAGUCAUGCAGCGAGCGUUUGAAAAUGGAAACCGCAAUAUGUUUUUGAUUGGGGAUUCUGGAUACCCAUUAGAGCCAUGGCUCAUGACUCCUUUACCCAACCAGCCAGAAGGGUCACCAAAAUUUCGUUACAAUGAAGCGCUCUGCAAGGCACUGAACCCGAUUGAGAGACUCUUUGGCGUCCCUAAAGGAACGUGGCGAUGCUUAUCACAACAAAGGGUUCUGUUGUAUGACCCCGCUUUCGCUGGUAAAGUCGUUAACGCGUGUGCAGCCCUUCAUAACAUUCGUUUAAGUGAGCGGUCAAUUAGGGAUCUUAUUGAAAAUUUUUCAACAGAUUUUGAGAAUUCUGACAGAAUUUUCGAAAGCCCAAAUGCAUCAUCUUCCACUGCAAAACGUGUACAAGAAAGGUUGAUUACAAACUUCUUUUCCUAAAAUUUGUAUGAUUACACUUCUAAGGGCCGUUUUCUGAAGUAACCUUUAACUUGAAAGCUCACUAUAUAUUUAAAGGUUGGAUUAAAAAUAAAGCUAUGUCUAAAGUUAAGCAUUUCUAUUAUCGGUUUUUGACGUAUGUAUGUUUCCUGGUUGUAAAUCAAUUUAAAACCGACAAAAAAAUGAUUUAGUUUAGACACUAUCAUAAACUUUAAUGCAACCUUUAAAUAUAAAGUGAGCUUUAAAGUUACAGGCUACUUGAGAAAACGGCCAUAACAGUUCAAAAAAUUAAAGCUUAGAAUCAAAUAUUUAUAAGUACAUACUUUAUUAAAAAUGUAAAUAUCACACGGUAUUUUUGCCUUAAUGGUAUAUUAAAAUUAAUCACACUAGAUCAUAAGCUUUCUUCUCAUUUCUUAUGUUAAAUUUUCCCCUGAAUCCAAACAUGCAGUCAGAGAUUUAGAAAGUAAAUCCGUUUCGAGGUAUAUAUAAAUUUCGGUUUUUUGAGAACUGAAACAAGUUCACUCAUUGAAUUUAAAUUUCUUUUUAUACCAGUGAAGCUUUUACAUUUGCUAUCAUUUAUUUCAACAUUAUUGAUUUAUUGCCAAAUUUGAAUAUGCAUGUUGGCAUAGAUGAUAGCAAAUUUAACAAGCUUCACUAGUAAAAAAAGAAAUUUACAUUCAAAUUUAUAUAUACCUCGACAACGGAUUUACUUUCUAAAUCUCUGACUGCAUAUUUGUAUUCAAGGACAAAUUUUACAUAAAAAAAAGAUGUUAAAACGCCACAGGUCAGAUUUCUUGUAAACUGUUAUUAUCAAUUAAAUUUAAUAAUUUGUUUUUGAGCUUUAGGCCGUAUGUUAAAUAAAACAAUAAAGGUUUUCUGCUUUAUUAACUUUUUAUUUUUAUUUUGGUCGAUAUUUCAGUCUCAAGGCAUCUUCAGGCGAAAUAUCGACCAAAAUAAAAAUAAAAAGUUAAUAAAGCAGAAAAACCUUUAAUGUUUUAUUCAACAUACGGCCUAUAGCUCAAAAAUAAAUUAUUAAAUUAUUUUCAACGGUCAAUAAUCAACGCAAUCAUUAUCAAUUAAAGGAAAACUUUUUAAAUGAUUUUUUAAAAUAAAAAGGAAAAUGAAAACUCAAGCAAAAAUGUAUUAAUCCAUUCAAAAACAUAAGUAUAUAAGUUAAAUAAACGCAAUUACAAUAUUCAUAUGUAUUCAAUCAUUUAAGUUAGUGACAUUUUGACCAUUUUGUGUAUACAGUUUGAAAUGUGGGCUUAUAUGCUGCUUG